AUGAGAACCAUACUCCUCCUCAGCGUGUUGCUGAACCUGUUCUUCCUCAGAGUCGCCGCACAAAAUACAAAUUCCAUAACUUCCUCCCAACCUACUCCAACAUCAUCCGUUUCUCUGACGCCCGAGAUGUCUGCAAGCGCUGCUUCAUCGUUAUUUUCCACCCUGGCCACUUCGGUGCCUCAGCAACCGGGAGAAGGUCCGGCACCAGGAGAUGCAGGAUCAUCCGCUGGGAACGGGGAUAGCACUGCUGGAGCAGCGGGUCCAGAUUCGGGUUCAAUUACUCUGUCAAAAGGUGGAAUAAUUGCAAUCAUAGUGAUUGCGGUCUCCGUAUGCGUCUUCGGAGUUGUCACGUCAGUGCUAUGGUAUUAUGCCAAAAAGAGAUCAUGGGAAGUCCGUAAGACUAUCCGAAAAUCGGCAAGGAGAGUGGCAACUGCUCUGACCCCUAGGAGGACGGCGUUCCCAAAAGAUGCACUGAAUCCACGUCGGGGAUCGACUCGGGGGUUGACCAGGAUAAACGAGGUUCCGGAUACGCCUAGAGCGCCAGUCGACGUCGAGAAGGGGAAGCCCAAGCUCUCAUCAUUUGAGAUGAGUGAGCCACCGCAACAGUCCAAAUGGGGUAGAAAAUUCGGUGGAUGA